UUCUCGUAGUAACGGUUCUGGGAUGCGUUCGGAGCAAUUGUUUUUUCAGACAUUAAUCUAUUGUCACUUCCUAAUUUCUUCUCCUUCCUUCUUCUCACUAAUCACGCACAAUAACAAUUCCGCGAAUCCAAAUGUACUUCUUUCCAUCCCCUAUGCUCUCAUAGCUUCCUAGCUAGGGUUUAUUUCCCACUCCUCACUCACUCCCAGCAAAACCCUACCCUAGCGAUUCCCAUUACCCACCAGCUAUCAUUCCUCUUUGCUCAAACUGUGGCUUCUCUGAAAUCGACAGACCAAACGGUGCGUCUUGCUCGCGGCAAUUUCCACGAUUCAAAUAUGAAGAGGUAUCCGAUAUUGGAAGCAGUGAAGAUUGUGAUUUUGGAGUUUCUUUGUUGCUAGUUUAUGUUAAAUAGAAAGUUUGCAUUCGAAUUAUGUAUAGUCAAGUGAAUCGUGGUUCUCAUAUCGGGCAGAGUCCCGUCCCUCCGGUGCUGCCGCCUCCACCACCACCGCCUCAGUAUCAGCAGGCUCCGCCGCAUUUCCAUCAGUUCCCACCCCCUAACGUUGGUGGUCCUCCUCCUCCACCGCCUAACGUUGGUGGUCUACCACCACCACCACCACCCCCUCAUCAUGUUUAUUUAAAUGGACCUCCCCCUCCUCCUCCUCCACCGCGUCCUAAUUCUUCUUCCCCAAUUCCCAUGAACCUUCCCGUUCAAGGUUCACAUAAUGUGAUGCCAAAUGCUGGACAAUCCUACCCUAUCCCUUCUCAAUUACACCAGGGGAACACCGUGACACCGCAAACAUCUUGGGCUCCAGGACCACCGCCUAGAGUAUUGCCACCUCCACCACCACCUCCACCUCAUCCUCCCUCGGCUUCCCAAGGUCAAAUUUUGUAUAACCCUUCUUUCCAUGGUCCACCUCUGCAUCCCGGUGAUGUUCAGAAUCUGCAUAAUGCUCCUCCACCACCACCCCAUUCAACAGGUUAUUUCCAUUCAGCUGUUGGGAAUUACCGAGUGCCUCCUGGUAUUCCCCCACCGUUGCCAUUGUCUCCACCACCUGCUCUUCCCGCUCCACCGCCUCCUCCUCUUAAUGCUCCGGUAACCUCCUCCUCCUCCUCAAAUGUUGCAGAUGACCCUAAAUCUGUGAAGACUGUGGAUUUGGUUGAUGGAGUUGUAGCUUUUCUUCCAUCUGGUAUUGCACCUGUACAUGGUUCUGAUUCUAAACGGGACGGUCCAAAUUGUAGAGAGGUUGCUGAUGCUGAAAAAGAUGAGGAUCUUCCCCCACCUAAGCCAACGGAAGAAAAUACUGUACUGAAGAUAGAAGCUUUGUGUCAGCUUAUUGCUGAGAAGGGAGCUGAUUUUGAAGAUAAGAUUCGUCGAGAUGAAUUCCAAAAUCCUGAAUAUGUAUUUUUGUUUGGCGGAGACCCAGGAACUGAGGCUGCAAUUUCUAACACUUAUUUCCUGUGGAUGAAGAAGAAAUAUAAUUUAGAUACUGGAUGGCAUGAAAAGAAAAGGCAACCAGAGAGAUUGUACUCUUCAGGUGAGCAGUAUAACCUGCAUGUUGCAACUGGGAGUGCUGAUUCUGACAUGGAAAUGGAAGAUGAUAUCACACUUUCUGACAAGGACCAAGGUUCAAACUUUGCAACUGAAGCCCUAAAUCGAGAUGAUGAAGUGCAUAGAGUGAAUCAGAAUCUAGCGCAGGUGCAGAAAUUAUCAGAGAAUGACCCUGACAGGGUCAUCUCAUCCUGCAGUCCAUCAUACUUUGGAUCCAUGGGAGUCAGCAAACAGAAUGAAGGACCCGAGAUUUUAUCUGAUCUGGAGCACAGGAAAUCUGUAAGACCAGUUACCAAGGUUCCAAGUCUUGAGAAUGACUCCACUGAAGUGGCUGAGUUAUCCUUGGGCAAGGCUUUGGAGGAAGCUGCAACUUGUGUUGAUGAUGAUUUUGUUUGUACUGUUCCUUCUGAUCACAAUAAAACCGCUACUACUAAUAGGGAUUAUGGGACACUCCUAGCGAGUGGCAGCCCUAUAAGACUUCUUCAAGAUUAUGCUUCUGAUGACACUUCAGCUAAUGGGGAUGAAAGCAAUGCUGCAGAUGCUAACUUUUUCACAUUCUCAGAAGGUGUUGAUACUGGUGUUUCAGCAGUCCAUAAAGAUUCUGGGAGUCAUAUGGAGAUUGGUAUUGGAUCUAAGAGUCCCGCCAGUACUCAAAAGGGGUUUGGGUCACUCUCCAGAACAUCACAGGGUGGUUUAGAAAUAUCUACACAUUUAUUACAAGAGUCUAAGAAAACUCGCAACCGAAAAAAAUCUGUCUCACGUUGGAGUAGUGAUGGACGUGUUGACCAUAACCUUGAAAAUCAGAUGUCUGUUAAUUUUGCUUCAUCGGUGGAAGCUUCCAAGGGCAAAGAUAGAUUAGAGGAUACUGCCAUUAACAGUGGUAGUAGAAGUGGUAAUGCUGAAAAGGAAGAUGAGGGGAAAACCUCAAAAUUUGAACUAAAUGUUAUGAAAGUAGAUGAAUUCGGAAGACAACUAAGAGAAGGUCUUUCAGAUAGUGAUUCUGAUGAUUCAUUCCAUCACCGGACACGGAGGCUUAAUAAAAGAGAUAGAAGAAGCUGGAGCCGCAGCCAGUCUCCUCCAGACAGGAGGAGUAGGAGGAAUAGGAGGAGUCCUCGGAGGAGAAGAGAUAAAAGAAAUAGGUCUCGCAGCUGGUCACCCCAGCACCGAAGAAGCAGUAGGUCACCGAUCUCAAGACGGUCAGGUGACUUUCGUGGUGAGAAUGUUAAAAGGGACAAGGAUAAGUGCUUUGACUUUCUUCGAGGAAAGUGCUAUCGGGGAGCAUCUUGCAGGUACAUUCACCAUGAAUCUGACAUGAAUGCUACUUCAAGGCGCUAUAAGAAUAAACAUUAUCUUGAAGUCAGUUAUUGUGGAAAAGAAUCAAAGACUAAUGGAGACAUGACGAAUAUUUCUUCUAAAGUGUUUGAUAAUGAGCAUGAUGGAGUUAGAAGUCAGGAUGAUGAUCUUAGCCUGAAUGUGACUAGCCAGGAAGUAGUGCAGAAAAAAGAAGAUUCAGGGAGGAAUGUUGUUGCAUCAACUAUCAUUCAUCUUGAUGGCCAAUCAGUUAAUAGCAAUCUAGGUAAAUCUAAAUCUAUCAGAGAGGUUGCUCCUGAAAUGCAGGAAACCAUUGAUGUGAGGGAGGAUCCAAGGAAUUCAAUCCAUGGGAAUGAUAGUUCGGAAGCAGGUGAUUCUCAACAGCAACACAUAGUUGAAGGCUUUCACCCUGAUGCUUUAGGCCAUGAUAAUACUUCUAAAUCAUCUGGUACAUAUAAAGAUGUCAUUCCCUCAGGAGAUGGUCUUUUUGCUCAGAAAAUGCAACUCAGUGUUUCUGCUGCUGGAAUUCAGGAACAAUCGUGUUAUCCAUCUCAGCAUGUAAAUGCAUCCUAUGUGACUGAUGCAUCACCUGAUAAAAGAUCAACUGUUUCUACUAGUGUUACUGAAGUUCCUGACAGUGUCACAUCAGAGCAGGCUUCAAAAGAGUUACCUCCACAGUGUGACUCUUCAGUGGAAUUUCCACGUCAUAAUUACCAGGUGUCUGCACCUGUUGUUUCACAUUCCCCUGGCGAAAAUCCUGCGCACAUGCCACAAAUUUCAAGGCAGUAUAAUGUGAUGCAUCAAAGGGCAUUCUUUCCUUUCCAAUCCACUGCCAGAGAAAAGUUUGAACCUUACCCAGCUCCUUUACACAUGCAGAAUGCUCACUUCAAUGUACCACCUAAUAGCUCUUGGACAUCAUUGCCAUUGCCACCACCACUGCCACCACUGCCACCGCCACCAUCACUGCCACCGCCUCCAUCAACAAUGGUGUAUGAUCCCAAUGUAAACUCAGGAGUUGUAAAAUCAUAUAUUUCUUCUGAAUUUAUUCAGAGUCAAAUGCAUUCAAGAACUGACUUUGUUUCCCAGACUUCCAUGAAGCCUUUACCGAGUUGCUCUGAGAAUUCUGAUUUUCAUGAUAAAGCAUACCCUCCUAUGCAGGACCAUUCACGGACUUUUAUGCUUACUGAACCUUUCUCUCCAAAGCAACUUCCUCAAGGGAACCCAGCUAGUCAAUUACUUUCAGGAUCUAGUCUCAACGGAGAUGAAUUUCAUAAUCAACUUCCAUUGCAGGAUUCAAAAUUUUCCAGUGCCACAUCAUUUGGCAGCUUGCAGCCUCAACAAAAUCAAUUUUCCUGGAAAUCGGAUGUGAACAGACUACAACCUUCUCUGGGUGGCAAGUUACCUGCCGAAGGACAUUUUAUGACAUCCUCACACAUUGAUUCAUCAUCACAAAAACAACAAUCAAUGUACAAUUUUCAGUGUUCUGUAUCCGAGGCUAAUUUGGGUGUGCCUGGGGAGACUGCUACUGUUUCCAGAUAUCCACCUGAUUUUCUGGAUAGCAGUCAUUCAACUUCUCUUCCACCAUUUAGUGGAUCAAGAAUAUCUGCUCACUAUAAUCCUUAUGCAUCAACCUUUGAGAAACCACUAAGUUCCAAAUUUAGUUCAAGUAUUUUUAGACAGGAAAGUGAAAUAGUCCAUGGUAACAAUUAUGCUUCUUCUAGAUUGAACCAUACUACGGUAAAUGGGGAGGGUGAUGGUGGGGUUGGAUCAAGACAUUCGGCAUCUGCACCAAAAUCGGGUAGAGCUCUUGGUCAGAUUUUGCCUAGGUCUGGUGGUGACCAAUAUGAUCCACUUUUUGACAGCAUUGAACCAUCAUCUUCUUUGAGAAAAACUGAUUUUGAUCAGAAGCAGGAAGUCACAGGUGAAUCCAAUGUCAGCCUAAGGCCCAAAAGUUCUUACAUUUCUUUGGAUGUGGAUGAGAAAAACAAGGAGGAGGAGGUUGGGGCUGUUGCCUCUACCACUUCUCAAAAUAAUGAUGAGUACAGUGAGACAGCGGAUGCAGAAGUUGGUGCUAUUGAAAAUGAGAGCGUAAGUGAUGAUGUGGAUGUUGCAAAAGUGACUACAAAGGAGGUUGAUAUUAAUCGGGUCAAGUCUCCUGGAAAAAGAAAAAAGAGUAAGGAUUCCAGAUCAAUGAAAUUGUUCAAAGUUUCCAUUGCGAACUUUGUAAAGGAGGUUUUGAAACCAUCAUGGCGACAAGGUAAUAUGAGUAAGGUUGCUUUUAAAACCAUUGUGAAAAAGACCGUGGAUAAAGUGUCAGGAGCCAUGAAAGGCCACCGUGUACCUAAGUCCCAAGCGAAGAUAAGUCAAUAUAUUGAUUCAUCGCAGCGAAAGUUGACUAAACUUGUGAUGGGUUAUGUUGACAAGUAUGUGAAGGUAUGAAAGUGAACUAUGCCAAUGUUUCUCCAACAUUCAAAGUCAAUGGGCAUUUCAACAGGAGGGCAUGGCAUCUCAACAGGGAACAUCGGUACUUCCCUGGAGUUGUCUACUCUCAAUAUUAAAGGCGCACUGGAUUGGUGUGAAAAUGGUUGGUCAACAUUCCAGUUCCUGAAGAAUUUUUGGUUGCCCCCUAUAUGUAUGUAUUGUAUUUCUCCUUGUUACUCUUGUGAUUUGCUUUUUAUGUUAUAGAUUCAACUCCGUGUUAUUUUGAAGUGUUAUGAUGAAUAUCACGAAGUUGGAAUUAGUUUACUCUUGUAGCUUUUUUUAAGCUAAUAGCUAGAAGGAAUUGCAUGUAAAAAUACUAUAAGAAAACUGUAAAUUUGUGUUGGUGCCCAAUUGUUUCUUUUUAACGUUCCAAACCAUCUUGUGGUUUGGCAGA